AUGAAGAAAGGUCGAGUGAACUCGACGAAUUUGCCGGCCACAGUCCCUCAAACUCGACAGACGUUGAGUCGAAGAUUCCGGACAGGAUCAACGGCCAAUUUGAGUACAACAACAAGACCCAGUUUGGGCCCAUCGCCCAGACCGAGUAUCAGACCAGCACAAUCCUUGACUAGUUUGAAGGGUGGACGGAGUAAAGUGGACAUUCAGACUACGGUACGUUCAUUUUGAUGUAAUUGGGGAUGAACCACUUUCCUUGAAUGAAUAUUGCUUUUCUGUCUUCUCCUUGGUAGCAAGCCGAGAGUAUGUACUGUGGUUUUGUGGUUGGUCACGUAAAAUCAAUUUUAUGAGUUUCAUAACCCCGUCAGAUGUUUCAAUUUUGUUUACAAAACAGGCUUUAAUAUCCGUUUUCCGUCUUUUAUGACCCAAAUUACGGGAAUUCGGACUAUCCCCCUCGCCGCAAACGCAUUUGCAUCGCUUAUUCGGAACUUCUUGAUCACUAAUAUUCCUAAAUCUUCUUUCCGAAUCUGUUUCUCAUUCCUUCUCUGAUUUCUAUUCGAUAUGGUUUCUCUGAGUUCUCGAAAAGGGUUGAUCUGGCCAAGCAAAGUGUCGAGUAUUCGAAGUUUUGGAGGGAAUGAUGUACAUAAUAAUGAAGAAGCAGAGAAUAAGAUGGGAUUGAUAGAGAGAGGAGCGUUCACAUUGAAGAGAAGGUGUUCGACUGAUAAAGGAGUGGUUCUCCGGAAGAUUGACAACAAAAAAAGCGGGGAUUUGAUCAAAAAUAAGACCAGUUUUAUAAACCUCUACGAUAAAUACAAGAAGUACGAUAGCGUCAAGAGCUCUACAUCCACACCAAAAGAGUCCAUGCAGAUCAUCAGAAGGCCUGAUAGAUUAUCUCCAACCACGGUGGAAAAAGUUGAGAAAAAAUCGAAGCCAUCUCCGAGAAUGGAGCCAAAAAAAUUGCCGCAACGAACGUCUGGACCUCGCCGGAUGACUCAAUUGGGCCGCAAGAGAUCCCUCCCUAUUCGAGUGAGUUCCAUUUUCCUCGAGAACCUUGUUAUUCCUUUCACGGUGACUAAAUGGAGUUUGCUUUUCUUUGGGAACACAUUAAGUUUCAAUCAGGAGAUGUUAAUUUAGUUAAUGUAAAUAGAAAGUUAAUUAUGUUCUACUAGUUGAACUCAAGGUUUAUUAGAGUUGGUUUGAUUUUUGUAUUUUUUCUGUUGUCGUAGACUUUGUUUUGACUGUUUCCCCUGGAUUUUUCUAAUCCCCCAUAAAUUUGUCGCUGGCAUGCCUCAUCCGAACUGUCAAUUACCCUCCGCUUUAUAGCCCGAGUAAUAAACACCGUUUCGGCAGCAUAAAAAGCACAAAUCCCUGGAAAAUUACCUUUUAUAACUGUCCAUCUGCUCUUGCUUCCCCAGAUCCCAUAUUGAUCAUUAAAAUGCCCAAUCCCCUCCGGCUUCCUUGACCUUUUUAUAUAACUGAUCCGUGAACGGCGGUUCAGUGGGGGAUUGAUUUAUCGAGUAGACUUCGAGGGAAAGGAGGAACAAACUGUUUAUUUGUCCGGAAAAGGGCCGAGGUAAUGGAAUUGGAGGGUCAAAGGUUACGUGAGGUCUUGUGGCCGUGAGAGCUUAAUUGGCAUAAUGGCUUACUUUUAUGUCUCAAUUAUUCAAAAUAGGUCGUAUUUUACUAUGAUGGAUAAUGUAGCAUAUGCCCGAUCUCCCCCAGUCCUCAUAAUCGAUCCUGCCAAAGUUGUUUUUAUUAAAUUAAUCGGUUUCUGUGCGAUUAGUCACGGUCUCAUGCAAAUUAAUCAUCGAACGCGCGAAGCUUCGGUUCCAUUACCUUGACUUUGAUCUUGAUGGGCGAUAAGUUUUGGUAUCGAGGCGAGAAUUAAUUGGAUUCUGCUCCGGAUCUGAAUUAAAUCGGGUUUGGAGUUUAUCGGAAUAGCCGGUAAUGCUUUGUGCAAUGUGAUAGCUCAGAGUGCAGCUGCUUUAUUUUUUCUCUGUCGGGGUGACGUUUAAUGUCAGGGUGUAGAUUACAUUGAACCAUGAGAUUAGACUAUUGUUGAGAUGACAUGAAAUCCAAAAUCAUCUUGUUUCGCCUUUCUUUUGUGGAAUUUGUUGUCGUUUAAAAAGUUUUUUUGUAAAAGAGUACAAAAGAAUCGAUCGAAGUAACUCUCCCGUGAUUUAAUCCUCUUCUCCAGAAGUAGUACUGUCUAUUUUUUAUUUAAAUGCCCACUUUUCCCAGAUAUGACAAGUAACAUUUAAUUCGAGUUGCCCUGAGGGCAUCUGGCUCUAAGCACGAGCCGGACAUUCAAAUUUCUUUUUCGGAGCGAAUGACUUUCGAAGAGAUUACUCCAGAUUUGUUGUUUUGAGAAUAGAAGGGGAUCUUUUGUGAUCUUCAUCCCCCAUAAAUGACCCCUGUCAUUUUACGCAACUACUUCUAUGACUUUUUUCCUUUUUUUCUGGCUGUUUUUGGUCUAAUUUGAAUAGAACCCGGACCUAAGUCUAAGACAAAGGGUAUCACAGAACGGGACGCAAUUUUGAAACCUUUGAAAUUCACCUUUCCGAGUCAUUUUUCACGUUCCGCAAGCGUUUGUUUACAUUUUUUAAUAAGAAACCGUUUCUUACCCACUUUCCAGUGCAAAUCUCGGGCCUUCCUUUGUGUUCUUUUGUAAUUUAUACGUCCGAGACCUUUGCGAAUCAAUUUUUAAUGGAAUCCUGACUUUUUUGAGAGAGUAAUGACCUUGUUUUACAUGGCCGAAAGUGGUCCUUAGGCUCGAAAAAAUGGAACGGCGCUUAAAUCGACGGAGAUUUGUCGAUUCAGAGGAGCAGAAUCGUUGGAUUCUCGAGGAUUUAGCACAAUCUACUCGAAAUGUAAGUUUGUUUUAAGGAUUUUCAAGAACGAUGACGUUCUUCGUGUGGAAUUCAAAUAGUCUUUUCUGAGAUCCGACUUUCUCGUCUCCAUUUGUCAUAUUUUUGCGUUGUUGCGCAAUAUUUCAAUACCUUUUAAAGACCUGGGAAGUAACGUUUUUGAUGUGAUUGAGAGGCAUUUGGCCCUAUUCUCGGACGAAAGGGCCCUGUGGAGACAUAUCCCACUUUAAUGGCCUUCAUUUUCCAAUUUUUUAUGCAGCGGCAUUACAUUUUUUAAGGGAAAUAUGUCAAAUCCGCUUCUGUUCAAGAAGAAAAGGUCUUUUUGAGGAUAGAUUUAUGUCUAAAGUGUAUAUUGAGAGUACAUUGACCUCUAAAUAAGAGUCUUAUGGCUAGUCGGAUAGGGGUUUUGUCAAGUCUACCCUGAAAAACGAGCUAAACAAAUGCGUUUUCGCCGGCGGAGACAUAAGAUAUUUUUCGAGAGGGCAAAAUUUUCGAUCAGAUUCCCUCGUCGUUUUUAUGCCCCCAUCGAUUUUUGUUAGUUUUGAGGCCGAAAACACGAAGGGAUUAUUAUAAAACGCGAUUUUUGGGUAGAGAAGCGGCCAAAUCCUCUUUCCGUCGGAUCUUUUUUUUUAUCAAAUCGGAUCCAUUUCAAAAUUUCCCCACUCUUCCUGCAGGAGAUUUUCGAAGAGGUUCUUGGACGUUUGGAUAAAUAAUACAUUCUCCAUCCCAUAAAACGAUGGAUACUAGCUUUUAUUCAACUACCUCUGGAGACGACAUCCCUCCGGUUUUACCUUCACCAUACAGAGUAAGUGGAAGGUUGUAAAAUAAUGUUUUAUCGAAGGGAAGAGGUCUUUACAGCUCUGUCUGGCGGGAAUAUUUAUAGUUAAAAGUUGUUUUUUGUCCUUGACAAGGGAUCGGCAAAAGCGCGCAUCCUGGUUUUUUCUUGAAACAUAUACCAUUUGAAAGAGCGUAAAAAACUAGUCUAGGAUCACCUUUUAUUAGCUGCUAUUUUUGCUCUACGCCCUAGCUAGCGAGCAUUUUUUAAAAAAUCCCGGUUGGAUUUCACGACUCUUUGCUUCUGAACGGCUAAAAAGAUUCAAUACUUACUUUUCAUAUGUCCCAUACGUACCUAUGACGUCCAACGCUUCACCCUAUGCCAAAGAAUACACACUUUUUUCCGACCUUGAGAUACCCAAGUCCAUGUUCACAAUGUGUCAUCACGCGAUCUUUUAGGUCGUGUAACCCAAUGCAACAUAGCGGGUAGAAAACAUGUAAACCGUUUUCAGACUCAAUUUUCACGUACUUUCCGUUACUGGGCUUAAUUCGUAAAAAUCUGAAAGUCGUUGAAAGUUCCAGCCAUAGAAGAUACCCACUUCAAGGGCAAGUACUACAAAUUUGAAAGAAUUUAAAAAAUCUCCGUUUUUUCUUAAAAAACUACUCCGAUUAUACCACAAAUGUCUACACGACACUCAAACACUAUUUCCAGGCCUUAUUUGCUUUGCAAUAUAAAGAAAAUCAAAAAAAAAAAAUCAAAAGAGGUUUCGAACCCGGUUCGCAGGUUCGCCUCGUUCAGCGCCUUACCCCACUAGGCCACCGAAGCACUGCUGCGCUGUGCUUUGGAAAUCGUUCGGAUUUGUUUCCUCGGAAAAAGGGUGAGAUAAGCCUAGAACUAAAUAAUGCUCGCUAGCGAAGGCGUAGAGCAAAAAUAGCAGCUAAUAAAAUGUGAUCCUAGACCAGUUUUUUACGCUCUUUCAAAUGGUACAUGUUUCAAGAAAAAACCAGGAUGCGCGGUUUUGCCGAUCCCUUGUGAGAAAUGUUUAACAAGAAAAAAGGAAACCGUUUGCUUGUUGAUUCAUUUUAGAACCAAGGCUGAUUUUGGUCCGAAUAUUGAUUUCCUCUUCAAGGUUUUCCAGAAGUUUUCUGCAGGUCCGCACAUUUGUUUUUAAUCGAGAUCUUUAUUUACCUAGUCAGAUAUCAAUGGGAUUUUUUCUGAAAUCAAAUAUUAUAGUUUGGAGCUGAAAUAGGACUUUCACAAUUGUCUAAUGGGAUUGUUUGAAUAUGCAAUCGGUUAGUCGCCGUGAUGUUGGUUAGUGUUGUUAGUCUGUCAAGUGCUUUUUCUUUCUGGUUCUAAUGGUUCAAGACCCUUUAUCUCUCGGAAUGACCGUCAAAGAGCGGAGGACUGCGGAGAAACCGUUUGGUUUCGUCAUUUCCGGUUCGACCGUCUCCCCGCUUCCCUCCAUUCCCAACAGUUCUUUUUCUUCGCAUCUUUCCGAAUCUACCUGACCCCCUUGAACGAGCAGGAAUUAUGUCGCGCAGGGUCUUUAAUUAGGCCGGCCUCCCAAUUGCACAUGGUUUGGUUCGAGGAAUCCCGACUUUAUAUUUGAGUUGAAUUACGGAUAAGGUUAUUGAUGAUUUUAUGAUACCCUUGGGCUACCUGGACCCUUGAAAACUGCAUUGUCAUGGUGUCUAUUUGCUCGGAAUAACCCGAAUCUCGUAGACUCGCGUUCUUUUCAUCUGCUGUUCGUAUCGUUCUUCUUCUUUUUUCAUUGGAAUUAGGAUAGGUUAUGUCUUUUUGUUCCCUCAUUAUUCUCUGCGCUCAAAACUUGGAACAUUACGGUAAUUUUUCGUUGUCUUGUCUAACGGUCCGAGCUCAUCGUUUUUCCAUCUCGAUUCCAUAAGGAGUACCAUCUCUCAGCUUUUACGAUCAUAUUAUUAGAAAGGAAUCCCUAAUUGGAUCGCUCUUACAAAGGAGAAGACCUUGAGGUUACUAAGGGAGAGGCCGUUCGCGUUCCGAAGCAUCCAGAAUUCCCACUGCGGGUACCUUGGUCUCUGUCAUCGGAUGUUUUUCUUUGGUUUUAUUGUUGUCCGAACACAACGCAGGGUUUUACGGACUUUCCUCGUCCCGAGCCAACAAUCUUUUCUACUUUUCUUCGCUGUUUUGUUUAAGCCGAAACAGUUUGAUAGGGAAUACGUUCUCUUUGUUUUUCUGUAGUCAGAUGAAAUAUAUGACUAGCACUUUUUCAAUUUUGCAUAGAAGUAGUGUAAGCUUUUCAGCUUUCCCGGCGUUCUCCUCAUAAAAACCCUAUCAGUUGAGUACUUCGAUUACUGAUAAGCGAAAGAGCGUCGUUUUGCAAACGCUUCUUCCUGUCCCAUUCAAUUUUCUAAAAACGUGCGAUCUGAGUGUAAUGAGAUAUCCGAAGCAGAGGAGUAACGCCUUUCUCUAACUCCAUAUUGUAAUCUCUCCUCUCGCUUUUUUGCAGCGAAAAUAAUUCCACCGGUCAGCGAGAGUUUUGUCAGAACUUUGGGUGACCAUUUCGUUGCUUUCCCUCCGGCGGUUUACAGUGCAUAACAAAGUCGAUUGUUCGGAUUUACUUUAGUAUAUGGAUGUUUUAUAGGCGGGUGUAGAGAGAGUAAACUUUGUUUUCCGGUCGAUUAAGUCGAUCUAUUUUCGAGAAUUGUCGGUCAGUUUCAAAGUGUCUAAUUACGCCUUUAUCAGUGACUCGUAAAUUGAGUGUGCUAAUUUAAUGAUUCCUAGCUCCAAUUGAGUAAGGUGGCGAUGGCUUUGGCGGGACUGAUUGUAUAGUAAAAGGGUGUUCGGAGUGACUAUUAUCACAGGUUAGCCGUCAUUGCUUGUUUUGAUAGUAAGAACGCGUUGUGUUUUGAUGUUAGAAUACAUUGUAAUGAUGUUUACCGUUCUAUUUCACCAUAUCCUUCAUCUCCUCAUUUUUCCAACCAAAGGUGCACGAACUUGGCUGAGGUCACCUUUUUUGUUUGUCGGUCUCCUACUUCGAAUGGCCAAAAAGGCCGGGUCAUAUAGCCAAGCAGGCUUAAUAUGCCGCUCAGAGCUCUCUCUCUCUCUAAGGACCGUUUUUCUACAAAUUGCGCUUAAUUAAGUAAUUUUCGGUAACACGGUUUCGAAAUGCUCUGAAUAGUUUAAAGAAUCUUUUGUUGUUGGGUUUUUCUGAUUUUCUGAGGGUCUGAAGAAUGGUAAUGUUCAAUUCUCCUUCAAUUUUGACUGUGUUUAACCUCUUUUCUACCGAAAAAUCAGUUUUGUUGGAUAAUUGGUAGCGUUUACAGUCUUGACCUUUUUUCGUUCGGGGCUGUAAUAAAAGUUUUCGAGUUGGAAAUCGGAUUCGAACUAUGCUUUUCUCAAUUUUUAUUAUUUAUUCCAGGUUAUGCGACCUUAUUCUUAGCAUAUAGUAAGCCUUCUCUGACUCAUUUCUAACUUUCUUUUCUGUGAAUCAGAGUCUUUGUAGGCUUGAAUAUUUGAUUAAAGCAGCUUUUACCGGUUUCCAGUCCAAUUAAGAGAGGAACGUGAAUUGAUUACGAAAAGCCACCCAAAACAAAUCGGAUUUUGUUUUCGACGCAACGAAAAACGUUUUACGAACUCAUGACAGUGAUUUUAUCAGCGUUUCCAUUAUUCAUUCUGUGAUUUAUGACAGUUUAUCACCUGCGGGGUGCCAAACCCGCGAUUUAACGUCGAACGGCGAGAUGAAUCACCUCAUUUCAAGUCUUCCGAAAAAGGAAAUCCAAUCGGAAAAAGUAGGAAACAGCUUGAGGAGAGGGUGAGGUGAUCGGUCGCCCCUUCCAACGUGCUCCUUCUUUUUUUAUCGAUGACGUAACCAUCGAUUUUUGAAGUCGUUAAUUCCAACGCCUCAAGGCUUAACGUUUCUUUUGGCAGAAGUUACGUUUCCCGGAACGAAAUGGGUUUAGAUACGGGGUUCAGCAUCGGAUUAAAAGUGAAGUUGGCUUCUAAUUUUGUGGGUUUUAUAGGUUCCGCUCUCUGUGACCUUUGUCUUCCUGAAAGUGCUUCGGCUGACAGGAUAAACUCGGUAAUUUGCGGUUUUUUACAGGGUUUUAAUGGUUUACGGGCUACAUACCGGAUUGUAAAUAGCAAAUAUAAUGAGGAAUUGCUUGUUUUUUAGUGGUGUUCAUGAAAAUUGCGGGAAAUUUUAAAAUCUUUGGUUAAAAAACACCUGCAAAUUGUUUGAGAAAGGUCGGCUUGUUUCAUUUAUUCGUUUGAUAUCUUUUACACCUUUUUAUGUUCUAAACCUCCUCUUUUACCUGGCCGCAUCUCGGUUUGCCGGCUUUUCCUCUUUUCCCGGACCCUCUUUUUGUUCGCUUUUUAAUCGCCAUUGAAUUCGAGGCAAAAAAUCGAAUAUUCCAAUCAAUUGGAUCUUGAUUUUAUUCGAUUUUAUUGUUUACUGCGUCUUUCUUGCCCCCAUACCUCCUCUUACCUAAACGUGUUUGUCAAGAAUUUUUUAUUCGAUCUAAAGACUCCUAAUUUUAAAGGGAGAAGGGUAGUAUAAGAAGUCAUGUUCGGCUCGGAAGUGCCGGAAACCACUAUUUUCUAACAUCCCAGGUUGAUUACUAUAUUUCAAUCGAAUCGAUCUACUCUAAUAUGGUGAGUUUUGCAAAGGAUUGUUUUAAGUGCUCCUGACGGGUAAAGUAAUAUUUAUUUAAAGGGUUCUCCGUCUUUUCACGUGUGUGUUUUCUGAAGCAGAUUGCUUUUUAAAAUUGAUUGGGUUAUGAAAUUCAUAAAAGCAAAAGUAAACAAGAAAAGUGGGGUAAAUUUCAAUAUUUGGAUGACAUAAUUUAAUGUCUACUUUGUUUAAGGCCAAACUCGAACGAGUCCUCGGCUCAACAGCAUGCUCAAGUUCGAUCUCAGUCGACCCCACUGCCGGUCUUGUCGCUUAUCCAGCAUCCUCAACAGUCGUUGUACAGAAUCCCCGAGCUCAAGCCCAGGCUCAUUUCAUCUCCUCAUCCAAGAAUAACAUCACAUGUCUAGCAUUCAGUCCGAAUGGUAGGUUCUUGGUCACUGGAGAGUAUGGAAAUGAGCCAAUGGUCAGAGUCUGGGAGAUCCACAAGGACGGACAGAAAGAAAGCUUUGGCCAGCAAGUUGCCGAACUCAAAGGGCACAGUUUCGGGAUCAGUUGUGUGGUAAGUUUUUUAUGUUUCAGCAUCUUACUGAGGAUGGAAUGUUCUAUCAUUGUUUCGAUAACGUUUGACGGUUGAAUUAUAUCUGUUAUGUUUUCAGAGGUUCACUCCAGACAGUAAUCAAGUGAUAUCAGUUGGAAAUCAGCAUGACAAAUCGAUUACAAUAUGGGAUUGGAAGAAUAACCGAACGCUGGCGGAAUCUCGAGUGACAUCUCAAGUGAAUGCCAUGGAUAUGGGCGAUACUGGAAAAGUGAUUGUCACUGUUGGAUGCCGUCAUGUGAAGUUUUGGCAUUUGGAUAAUGACAACAAGGUGUUGCAAGUAAGAUUGUGUUUUAAAUGAUUUUUAAUCUUCGGAACUAAUGUUAUAUAACUGAAUUUAAUUUCAGGGCCGAUCAGCUAUCCUGACAGAGCAUCGAAACAACACUUUUGUCGAUGUUUGCUGCGCUUCUAACAACCGAACUUUCACCAUUACAGUAACCAAACUUCUGCUCGAACUACACGAUAAGAAACUUGUAAAUACAUUCGAGUUACAUCAUGAAAUUCCCCGUUCUAUUUGCAUGGGAAAUGGACUUUUGUACAUGGGAUUUAACAAUGGAACCAUCAGAGCAUUGAAUCCGGACAAUAUGGAGGAGAUCGCCAUCCUCCCGAAACCUCAUAAUUUGAGGGUGGAACUGUGCGAAGAGAAGCUUUCUGAGACCGUAGACCUUCAGUAAGUGCUGUUUGACAUGUCGUAUACUUUGCAUCAACUGUUAUUGUGUUUUAUUGGAGUUUGAUUUAUAAUUUUUACUUUUUAGGUGUCCCGACGUCCAUUCUAUUGUUUAUCACGAGAAAUCCCGAACCCUGAGCUCUUUCUACAGUGACCGUUCCAUCUAUCACUGGCAGAUUGGAGAAGACGGCCAGGUCUUCAAAUUAUCAUCGCAUCUCUUCCACGUGGGUACUGUAUAUGAUGUGGAAGUUGUUAAUGUAAACAACCCAUACUUUCCUGUGGGUACCUUCUUCACGGCUGGUGCUGAUGAAACAGUCAGGGUUUGGAACGUGGAAAAAGAACAACGAGAAGGAAUCUUGCCCUCAAAUAUGUUUUCUUGCGAAUUAAGAAAGAUUGUGUAUCUGGGAGCUGCUGGAUACGAAAGCUUGACAGAACAACCGGAUAGUACGUUUGUUUUAUCGGUUUAUGACAGAUAUGACUAUGCAGAUUCGUUACGUCGAAUUUCAGAAAAUUUCGGGGCCAUUGCAUCAGAUAUGUUAGACGCCACGAAUGGAAUUAGAUGUCUAAAACUGAAUCCUCUUGGAGAACACCUAGCCGUGGGGUCGAAAAAUGGAAAUGUCUCGUGAGUUAGACAGUUAGACAUUUAAUUUUUCUUUUUCAAAGUGAAUUAUGGUCAAAUUUUAGUGUUCUUGACCUCCGAACACCAGAAAUGUCCAAGAUCUGGGAAUGCGAAGCGCAUGACAAUGAAGUCAGAUGCCUCGAAUACACUGAUCCCAGAAAGUGCGGAGGCCGACAUUAUCUGGCGACUGGCUCCAGAGAUAGACUGAUCCAUAUCUUCGAUGUCAAUGAGAACUACAACUACUUGGCGAUCAUCGAUGAUCACCAGAGCAGCAUCUACAGAAUACUGUUCAUACCAUCAGCUACUGGUCUGGAGAUGGUCACUUGCUCAAAUGAUAAACUGAUAGUGGUCAGAAGGCUGAACCAAACGGCUCCAGACACUCCACCCACAUUCCACCGCAUAACUCAACUCAAUAUCACCGGAGGGCCCAAUUAUGUGGUCACUACCCCCGAAAAUAAUCUCCUGGCUGCAUGUGGAGAUCGGAAACUUCAUUCCUAUUCAUUAAAUGGGAAACUAAUCAAGUCGGUGAAGGGAACGCUUUGUGAAGAGGGCAAUCUGACCAAGGUCGGUUCAGGAUUUAUAUAGUUUAUAAUUGUUUGGGGACAAUUGCGUGAGAGUUGAGGUCAUGUUUGUAUAAUAGAACAAAUUCUGCGCGAAAAGAGGUCACUCUAUUAUGAGUCUGGGUAUUUUAUUCUUCUGGGAGAGUUUGACGGGGGUUUUUACAAAGUAGGGAUGUUGUUUGAUAUGGUUUUGAUAUUGCUUAUGGUGAAUAUAGUUAUGUAUAGGUAUUUUGUUGUUAUUGAGGUAGAAAAAGAUUUGAUAUGGUGCUAAAUUGAGUAAUAAUAAAUAGUGUCUGAUUUCAGCUUGUUCUUGACCCCUCUGGAACAUACGCGGCCACCAUUUGCUCUGACCGUUAUGUGUAUAUAAUUGAUGUUGCCACUGGAGAAUGUGCCGCUGUUCUGUCGGGGCAAUCUGAUACUGUUGCCUCUGUUACUUUCACAGCGGAUUGCAGGUAAUCUUUCGUAAUUUUUUGCAUUUUUUUUGUCGUGGUGAAUAUAAUUGCUUUGAGAUAACGUCGUAUAUGUGUUUCCAGACGCCUGAUCCUCGUCUCCUUCAGCGGCUGCAUAUUUGUUUGGCGCCUCUCAAAUCUGCUGACCAAACGGAUGCUCGCUAAACUCGACCAGGACCGGUGAGUGCUUUGAAUAUUUUAUGUUACGAGUGGGAACAAUAGAAGGCGAAAGGGAACCGGCCUCGAAUCCCCCUCAAAUGUCAGCACUUUCCCACUGAUCGCGGCCCCUAACUAUAAGUGGAUCGGACAGUCGGGAGACCGGCAUUUCGCUUGGCAUUUCAUAUUAUACUAGGUAUUCCGAACUCUGAGUAAUGGCCUACGAAACACAAGUAGUGGGUCUAAUGUUGGGGUAGGUGAAAUGUCAAAGAUUUUUAGGUUCGCGAAGGUCAUAUGGGUUUAAAUUUGAGAAUCUUAAAUGGAAUCGGUCGGUCAGCUCUAAUUACAGGUUGUUUGGAUACCUUAAGACCCUUUUUAGUAUUCCUUAAAAUGCCUUAAAAGGCACGCUCCCAUCAUCCUGCUGAUUUGAAAGAGGAAAUCGAGGGUCAUUUAACCUAAUUUCACUGCCUCUGGCAUUGUUGUUUAUCUGAUCCGCGCAUAAAAACUGCAGGGAUUCUGGCAGAUUCCUCUUGAUUUUGAAGGCUGCCGAAGAAGAACCGUGUUUUUUUCUAGUUUUUCUCUCAUAAUAUCGAAUUGGGCACUGUAAAUGAGAUACGGGUUUUGUUAGGGAUCGUCAAUAAUGUGUUAGAAGAAUAAAAGAUGGUUAAUCGUCCAUUGAAUGUGUCUAAGAUGUUAUUUUAGUUUUUUCGCUUUCACUGAUGUCUAAAAUUGAACAGACUUUGCGUUUUGAAUCGUUUCACAUAGGUUAGACCUUAAUUUAGAUGAUUUUUUGAGAAAAAUAGCUGUUAUUUAUAGAAAAAUAGCUGUUAUGAAGAUAUUUAUCACUGAAAAGUGCGUGUUCUUGUUGAAAAUGAUUUUUUUAGAAGCACAACCCCUGACAGCCUAAUCGAAAGCGGCUCGGACUCGGCUUCGGCGAUAGCCAGCAAGAAAGAACAUCACGGAUCCGAAUUUGGAUCAUUGAACAGUCUUAACGUCGCCCAAGACGACGAUCUGGACUCUGGUGUUGGCCUGAGACAACCAAAUCUCUGCAAAGUACAAGCUGAUCCGAACACGUAAGUUGAUUUUGCUUAUAAUGAUAGUUUUAUUCUGAUUUGGGUUUUGGUCAGUUGAAAGUUGAAUGUGAGAAAAUUUAUGUUGAUUACAUGGGAAUGCUGUCAGCAUAAUUAGUCACGAAUUACGCAAUUAUCCGCUUCCUGCUUGUGGUAUUUGAUUACCUAGCCCAGAUCAAUCUAACUCCUUCCUGUGCUCUAUUGGAAGCAAUGGACAGCCGUCUUUUUAUCGCCUCCGAUUUCAAAAAACAUCCAUCUUUUGGCCAUUUUUUAUCCAUCGGAAAUAGUUUAAAACCGGGUCCCCUUCAUUUCCCCACUGAUGGGCGCAAAAGUCUAUUCCUCAAGGGCCUUGAGGGACUUGAGUUUAAGUGGCCGGAAGAUGACCGUCAUGUUCAACAUCGCCUAUCAUCAUGAGCAUCGCUCCUAGCUGUUUUUUUCCGAUCCAAUUAUCGAGUAUUCGAAUAAUUUUUGAGAUUUUGUUGGAGGGAAUGUAUGCUCAGCCUUAUGCUCCCUUAAUUUCGGCUUCCAAGACUCCAGAUGUUGUUUACCUUUUGAUUAUAUGUUGGGGAAUUGGAAUGCAAGUCCGCGAGGAUCUGAUGCCUCAUUUGAGACGCCUAAAAGCGCAUUCCCAAAUGAAGGUUCUCAGCUCGUCGCCCUUUUUAUAAACGGUCGCCGGUGCGAUUUCAUAAAAAAGAAAUUCCGACAAAAAAGUUUUGAUUUUGCCUUCAGGGUGCGACGAAGACGGGUUUACAAUCCAACUGAUGGUUUGGAUGCUGCUUUUUUUAAGGUAGAACAGGGAGCUGUAGGGCGUUUGCCUUGUUUCUGAUUGAUAUUGGGGUAUUUGGACGGAUUUUUUGAUUUAUUAAUGUUUAAUUAAAUUUUUUUAAGUUUUAUAAAGUAGUCAUCUUUUUGCUGAAAAGCUGGUUAUGGGGGUGUCUUCUGUCGAUAUUUUUCCUUAAAAAUCGGCUGGAGUUUAUCGAUUUGUUAACUGAUUUAUCAGUCCUGGAAAUGAUCUGAUUUGUUAAAUUACCCGACAAACUAGAGCCUAUUGAUCAGUCCGUCGAACUCAGGUCUCCUUUCUGUUUUUGCUGCAGACAUUAAUCUAACCCCAGCCGUGAAAUCGAAUAACCCACGGAGUUUAGCCUUUGAGAAACGAAUAUUUUUAUUUGCUCGGAUUUUUGUGGAAAUUGUGUUUGUUCUAGCCACCUCCCCCUCGCUCUUCUCCCAGCCUUCUUCUAACAAUAAUUUCUCGCGCCUAACCCCGGGUCCGGCAAGGUCGAUGACCCAGGUUCCAUUGAGUUUGGUCCACUUUUCUCAAGGUUUUUAUUGUCUCCGAAGGAGAAGAUUGUUUUUCUUUUUUCCGAAAUGUUUGGAUUUGGAACGGGUCUUAUUGCUGUUAUCAGUCAAAAUUAUAUCGUAAAAAGUAUCGGAAAAGCGGGGAAUUAAACGUUUUUAUGAUCUGAAAUGUCAUAAAAUUUUAAACCUUUGUAAAUUACUCAAAGAAGUCGAUGACAUUAUGUAUUAAAAUUUAAAUUUUUUAAGUCUGGGAUGAACGAAAUGACUCAUCAUUGUAUAUUUCAGGACCUUCAGCAUCAGCCGAGUGAACACCGAAGUGAUAAGAAGAUCUUCCAGUAAUCUCGCAGCCACCUCAACCGGCGAUCUGCGCCCUGAAGGUAAGAACAACACGUUCCAAUGUUCCUUGCAACCUAAUCCCGCUCGAGUGUUACGCAACAACGUUGAGUAAUAUCGUUCGAAAUCUGCGCCAUUUCACGUCAGCUCAUGUGGGGUGUUUGGGUCAUCUUUUUUUCUUGGUUUAGAUCCCCAUUUUAUCCGAAAUCGCUCGUUUUCUGGCGAUCUUUCCCUGGAUCGGCGCCUUUAAUCUCCCAAAAUCUCUGACCCGAUACAAAAAAGCGCAAUGUUUUGGGAAGAGAGAAGAACCCGGUGCGAACUGACAAUAUUUCAACUUAAAAUUGCAAAUGAGAAUCGCUUACUGGGGGAAAAAAUUGGUUUAAUCGAAAUUUUUGGAGUCGCGCAGGCAAUAAAUCUUGGGAAUUCCUUUGGAUUCGACGCUUUUUUCAUUUGGAAGUCAAAAGUUUCUGUUUUAAAGCGCUAUUUUAUAGCUUAGAAUCGUUGAAUUUUAGAGGGGGUGGCUUGAUUUUACAAUGUUUUGGUCGCACGUUUAAUUCAUGCUCAAAAUGACUGUUAGGAAUUCCGAUUUACGUGAUGAAGAAGUUUUCUCGAUUUAAACUUUAUAAACAAUCUUUUAGCUGAGCAAGCACCAGCCAUGUAUCAAGCCGGUGCCAGUGUUAUCAGUCCUCAAGUGCCUCAGGGCUACACAACCUCAAGGUCAAUGUCUAAUAUUCAUCGGACUGCGGUUUCCCCGCAAAGAGCAAGGAGAAGGUGGAAUGUGAAUCCGAAUGAAACUUAUGGUAAGAACUCUUGAUACUGUUAUAUUAUUUUUUUUUGAUGAAAUUAUAUAGAAAACGAUGAUUUUAGAAAAAGAUAUUGAAAAUUUUUGAUGAUAAAAGCUGUUGAACCGAUGGAAAAUAUGUAAUCUGGUUAUUUUUGCCGAAUAUACAUCGUAAACAUCUUAAGUCUUCUUUUUUAGACGCGAACUCUACUUACAAUUAUUCGAAUGGGACCCUCCCCUUCCCCACUCAGCAGAAUCAAAUUUAUGCCCAACCUCAACUCCCACCGCAACAAUUCAAUCAAUCCACUCCGAACUCGAGAUAUCGUAAGAUUUUGCGUGUUUUAAUUUCUUUCCGAGAGUUUAGGGAUCAGUAAAACAAAGUCAGGAGGGCGUCUUUUUGAUGUUUUGAAUGGAAAAUAAAGUUCUUAUAGAGUGUCUAGGCUAAAAGUGAUGUCGACUGGAAAUAAGAAGUUUUGGCAAUGUUUAUUUUUUGUUUAUAUUAUUUAUUAAAGUCUUUCUAUACUAAAAACUAUUAAUUUCAGCACAAAUGCACAAUUCCAUGUCGAUGAACGGGAUCCGGCAAGCUGUUCCACAACAAGAUGAUGGUUAUUUGAUGUCCUCAACUCCCAAGAACUCUCCUCAAACAAAUCCAUAUCAUCAGAGAGUAAUCGAUGGACAGUUUGAUAGAAAUGGAAGGUCCAGGAAUUCCAUUUCCAAGAGAUAUCUGAAUGGAUCUGAGAAUCAGGAUGGAACUACUGUCUGGAAACCCUCACAGCUGAAGCAAAGACAGCCGUCAAAUCUAUUCAGUCCAACACGACAGUCCAACUUGUCUCCACGAAGACGUAAGUAUAACUUUUUGAUGAUUAAUCUGCUUUUUGGGAUGCUUAACAUGUGUAAUAUAACGUAAGAUGAUGAAAAAACGCUUACUAAUAUGAAUAUUGGUUAUGACACCUACGUUUUUCGGGGUUAGUAGUACGUUUUUUGCUUUGAUUUAUCGGAUGUUUAUGGUUGUCGAUGUUAUUGCAAAAUGUAAAAGUUCCAUGUGUUGUGCUAACUAUGAAGUUUAAAUUAGGUAUUUAACAGCAUUGUUUUGUCACUUGACAGUCCAAUUAACAUCUUUGUUUUCUCUCCUAUGUUACCGUGCUUCAGAAUCCCUAACAUCGUCGUCGUCCAAAUCCUCCUCAUCCCGAAUGUAUCAACCCCGAGUCCCCAAUUUAAAUCAAUCAUUGAAUAUCAACGAGUCUUCGCCAAGCAGGUUGGCCAGCCGAGUCCUCAAACAACGCCGCACCGCCGUAAAUGAGAUUAACCAAGGUUCGAUUGAAAAGUGUUCGUUUUCUGCUUUUGUGAAUUUUUGUUUUUUUCUCUUUUUCAAGUGUAAUUUGUUUAAUUAGCUUAAUGAUUGCGUUUGGGAGACUCUUACAGUUACGGUUUUGUGGGUAAUUGUUUGAUUCGUUUUGUUUUUUCGUUUGGCUAGGAAUUCCGUUUUUUCGAAAGGAUACCCUAUUUUGAGUGAUUCUGUAUUGCUUUUUAUGGUCUAAUAGUUUUACUUUAGAUGAAUCCUCGUUUUCCAAUAUGACCGCAUCUGAGACCCUCCGUGCCCUCCGGUCACGUUCUCAAUCUCCCUCUACUCUGGCUCUCCAAUUGGCUGAACAACAAAGCAGAAAACUCUCGGCAACUCUUCAGCGUCGUCGAGAUUCGGAUGCCAGAAGUGGCCGAGCGACUCCAUCUUCGUCCAGAGCUAAUCUAAGAACCCAAUCCAAUCUGGGCAACUCGAAUCAGGCUCUGAAUAAGCUGGUGGAGAUGAGAGAUCAACUCAAGAAGAGUCAGGACAACUUACUUUUGGUUGCUGAUGGACCUGCAGGACCUCAAUCUUCCGAUGGAAUCAUGGCCAGAAGUAGAUCCAUUGGGAAUCUGAGAAUGAGUGCAGCUCGACCAUCUCCUUCAAUCAACGUGGAUGAUGGGUAUUAUGGAAGUCAACGGCAAAUGACUCGGAGUGUCAGCUCAUUACAUAACACCUCAACUUCUCCUAACAGCUCCGAUUCUCCACAUCCGGACGAGAAUAAUCUCAGAAGUCAAUAUGGAAAUGAGAGAAGACGAUCAGCUAUGACAGCAUCUGUCCGGAAUUUGCAUAAAAUGUCAAAUCCAGAUCUGGCCGAUGAAGUUUUUGAGGAGAAUGAUAAGGUGGAGCAGUUCAAUGGAGGCAGUGGAGCUUACUAUUCAGCGACAUUACCCAAAAACUUGAGGAAAGGAGCUGUUCAGAAGAGGGUUAGUUGUUGAAUUUCGAAGAAUAAAAAUCGGAGUUUCUUAUCUUUAAAACUACUUUUUGUUAUUUUUUCAAUUAUUUACAGUCCAAAUUUUUAAUGCUUUUAUAACUUUCAGUUGGAAAGAAGUAACCCUCGGCUCUUCACUCGCCUAGAUCAACAAACGACAAGUGGAGACAGUGAUUCCAACGCUUCUGACGCCUCUCCUUAUAACAGUGUUCAACAACGGGCUCAGCUCUUCCAACAAAGGGCAACCCCGAAUGGAACUCAGUUCAGAUCUGUGAGCUCGGUUACUCCAAAUUCGAGGCCAAUAAUUGCCAGGAAAGGAGGAAAUUAUCUGUCCAGAUUGAACCAGCCAGAGGAAGGUCGGGAGGUGGAGGAGAGAAAUCCAAUUGUUGAGUUGAAUGAGGUCGAUGGAAUCAGCGCCAAUGCGAAAAGUAAGUGUUGGGAGAGGUUAAAGUUAUAGAAGUAGUAAGAAGAGUUGGUUUGUAUAUUGCACCUAAAAACUAAAAGUAUUGGUGAUAGAGAUGAGUAGUAUGUAUCUGGUACAGAGCGCUCUUUGGUCGGCAAAUUACGUUUCUCGGUGAACGGCUCAAAUUGUCCUCCAAAGAUUUAAAAAACUGCCGUUCCUCCUAUCAGGAAUCCCUUUGACGGCGCUCCCAUGCCGUUCACAAGGUCAAAAUUCCGAUCAUGUGGCAGGCGGAAGAGUUUUUAAUUAUACGCAGAUUUAUGAGAAGGGAGAAUAGAAGAAGGGGACGACCAGAAGAAAAGGAAAUGAGGCACAUCUGCCCAGCCCUUUCUAAACAUUGGUUUUCCUUGGCUCCGAACUUUACUGGGAGAGCCAACAAGCCAUAAGAUGACGUUCCAUGACUUUACUUAGUCAUGGAAAGAAUGAGGAGUGUGGUUUUGUAGUAGAUGGAUAUUUCAUGUGGUCCUGUGACAUUGCCUUGGUUAUCCACCAAUUAUCUUCGUGGAUUGUGGCAGGGAUGUCGGCGAUUGUUUUUCAAGUGUCAUUAUUAUAAAAUCUGUUUGAUUGAGCACCCGGAUAGCCCUUACGAGCAUUUGUUCGUACUCCUGCUUGAUUUUCAGUUGUUGUUUCUCCUCAAACCUGAACUAUUAUCCUGUAAUCAUCACCUUCUCACUCUGAAUGAACAGUUUUAAGUCCAAAGAUCUGACAGGCCCUUGAGUGUCGGCUCAAGGCCAACGAUCUUUUCCUCUUCAUGAGAUGCCCAAAAGUUGUUCUUCCUUUCCUUUUUUCCUCACUCACCUCCAACUGAUAAAUGGCCUCCUCCUUUCUCUUCAGCGGCCUCACUCAGAUCGCAUACAAACUUUUCCCAGAAAUAUGUCAAAAGAGGUCCUCCGACCUCUACAAUCUCUAAUGCGGCCACUCUCGGAAUGGGGGUGAUAAAACAGACCCCUCUCCACUAUGGUUUUUAAUGCUUCUCGAAAUAGUUAUUGGUUUUGGAGGUUAUCCUUGAUUGAACAAGAGCUGAGCCUGUCUUCAGAGACACACGCUUGUUGAGUCAGUCUGUCUCUUGAUUUUGAUUUGAGAUCUGGUUCGAUUGGAAGUUUUUGGGUUUGAUUGUUUGGGAAGUUGGAGUCGGUAUACUUACAAUCAUAUUUUUUAAAAUGAGAAUCUGCCAAAAAAUAAAUCCAAUCUUUCUUUAUUUGUUAUUUAUCACCAGGUUUCAUGGUAAUGUCAGAGUGUCUUUUGUUUGAUCAGCUGGUGAUCCCCAAAAACCUGAAAUAGGAUCCCCCGUUUGAUCGUUAAACGGUUACCGCAGUAAGAGUUGCAUUCUGCGUGGUUUUGAACCUCCUCGAUCGUACUUUUACUAUUUCGUUUCUGCAGGCGUUACGUGAUUGGCGAUCAAAUUACAAUUCCGUUUUUUGCAUCCAGCAAAGUUUUUUCUUCUUUUUCGCAAUUACUAAAGCCCUUUUUCUCACCGGUAGGAACAUGGCUUUAAUUAGCAAUACUGAAUAUCAAAUUGUAUUCAAUUGCUCCACGAUAUUAAAGCGGGCUUAAUCGAAGUGUUUCAUAGCCUGAACUCCCCAUUUAUAGGGAGUUUUGUAACUAGCAAAGGGUUUGUAUUCUUUGUAAAGAAGCCCGAUCCAAGAUCCUCUCCCUCCUUCUCCACGUCAUCUCAUGUUCUUAUGAUUCUUAUGAUCGUCCUUCCUCUUUAUUUGGCUGAUCAUUUCCCCGGCGUUUGUUUGCGUGUGCAUGAAUAAGGUCGUCCCUCAUCUUUCUUUUCCUAUUUAAAACCCUUCUAAGGACCAUGUUGACCCAUCUCCGUCCCUCCACCGCCUCUCCUCAACGCCGUCAGGUCAAGUUCGCCGAAAUGCCGGAGGCACUAAACCCUCAAGCUUACAAGAGGCCGAUCUCCCCGUCAUCAUCAUCGACGUCAUCAACGAGCUCCACGAACAAAUCCUUUAUUAAGAGCACCCACAGCUCGCUAGCGACUUCUCGUCGACCUCCUGCGGCUCCGGCUCCAAGACCGGCUCCGGUUUCGAUCCGAUCUUUAAGUGCCUCCAGCCAGAGGGAGCGGAGGAUUAAACCAGUGCAGAAACCCCGACUUCACGCUCAGAUAACUGCUCUGAAUAAUGUGACACGGGUCUCCGUACCAGAUACUAUUCAGCCGUUGAAUCUGGAUAUUGAUGAGCCUGAAGGUACCGCGGUUUUAGGGCUAAAAUUAUAUUAGUCUUUACAAGAGGUUAUGUCUUGGUUUUUAUGUUUGUUGAUUUUGUUUUCAAGCUCUAUGGACCUUGAUAGGAACACUGCCGAAAUGUUAAUUUACCCUUAAUGCAUUUUGAUGAACCAGUUUAGCCAUUGGUUGAUUAGGUUCCCCUCCUCCAUUGGAAAGGAAAAAGCAUUUCGAAAACUAUCAAACACUAAAAUUGGGUGCUAUAAAAGUUAUCUACAAUAAAUAUGGUCGUUAAGAUUAGUGUUAGAGAGGUCACUACCUAUUAUUGAUCUUUUAAAUGCUUACGCUGUAUCUUUUCAGACAUGUCUCUACACGCCCAAGAAUGCAUCGAACAGAUGACAAAGUGCUGUGACAAACUGAUCCAGGCCAGCCAGAUGGUAAGCACUUGUGAUUCGAUUUCUUAUUUAUGGAGUAUUGGUUUCAGAACUUAUUAUAUAAUUAUCACAAUUUCAGAUUGAAAAAGAUGGUUCAAUUACUGAUGCCGAACGGGAGAAGAUCCUCAGACCCAUCUAUAAGGCAAUCAACCAGUUUAAAGGUCGAUUGGAGAGCGCAUUGCCUGAGGGCAGAACCUUCUCCGAUAUGACCAAUGUCACUAAUGCUGAAUCGGGGAGCUAUCGGGGAUCGGGGUAAGCAAUUUGAUGAUCAUUUUUGGCAUGUUCAAAGUUGUUUUUUGUCAUUUAAUGUUAAGGUUUCUAUGAUCUUAUGUGGUGUAUUAUUUUUUAAUAUAAUUUGUUCCUUUCAGUCGCCCGUCCAACAUUUCCAACGGAUCCCAUCACGCCCAAUCAGCAGCCAACUCCUCAGCGCCACUCGAGAUCAACGAAGACUUCUUCAAAACUCAUGGUGCAAAAAUAAUGCAAUUUGUACAGGAAAGCAUGUCCCGCAGUAACUGA